AAAGGCGUGCCGUACCAUUUGGCGCAAACUAAACGCUAGAAAAGAAUAUUCAAAGUUAUCUUGCAAAGCACAGAGUACACAACGUAACACUGCUUCUAGACGACCCAAAAAAUCUUCCGCGACAAUUUUUUGCGACACAUUCUAUCUGUCAAACCGUCCUUGUUUUAGCACGAAUGUAUGGCUUACUUCGAUCGUAAUGUCGCGAAACGCGAGCGUUGCCAUUCUGUGAAAAUUUCACAAACCUCCGAUAAUCACGGUUACCUCUGAUUUUGUUUUAAAACUGAGAUGUUGUUUUAGAACAAAGAGCUCGCAGAAAAUUUGUCGAGGUACAAAAGUUGGUCGUCUAGAAGCAGUGUUACACAAUCCACGCUUGAAGGAAAACGUACAAUGGAGCAAUCGUCAUCCGAAUGUCCCAUUGAAAAGCUUCCACCAGAGAUUAUGCACAGCAUUUUCGAAUUUCUUGAUCUCGAAUCUUUAAAAUCGGCCUCACUCACCUGCCAGCGCUGGGAGCGUAUUUUCGUUAACUAUUGCACUUCACGCUUAACGCUGUGCAUUAAUGCAGAAGAUGGCAAAAAUCUGGACAGUACAGAACCACCCACCAAAAGAUUGCAACGGGCAACUAAGAUGUUACAGCGCACGCAACGCGUCUACCGCAAUGUACAUCUGAGUAUGAUGUAUGGUCGGUUUGGUCCCAAGCAUAUAAACGGUGUACUUGGAACUAUUUUCGCACCGCACCGGCUGCAGCAAUUGGUCGUGCUAGAUCUAAAUUUGACACUGUAUUCGGAACAUAUGGUCAAGGAUGUAUCGGAUGCCAUCGCAAAGAUGAACCGUCUGCAGGAGCUAAGAGCUAUCAUUUUCUGCAAGCAGCUCUUUUCUAUAGGACGUGACGGUUGUAAUUCAUAUUACAAACUUACAAACCCCUCGCUUCAUAAGUUGGCGAUCAGGGGUCUUUUGCCCACCGUAAUCGAUUGUCCCAAUAUGCGCUCGCUGGAGUUACCCUUAUGUCUGUUCGAGAAGAGCAUCGCGAACCAAAUAUACUUUCGGCACAACGAGCGGGAAGAACGGUACUGGCGUGUGGAGCAGGUUGAAAAGCUCGUAAUUAUGCACUUAAUAGCGAUGGAUAGCAUGGACCCGAUCGAAUUCCUGAGGCAGUUUCUUCAGCAGAUGCCGCGCCUAAAAACGUUACAUUUGGACACGAUUAGGGUUCCGGAAAAAAAGUUGCAGCUUAUUUGCGAAACGUGUACCCAGUUGGAGGAACUGGUGCUGACUAGCUUGGAAGUGGAUGACCCGCACAUGUUGCGCCACAUCUCUAAACUUACUCAUCUGCGUAACAUUGGAGUCAGGCAUCUCUUAGGAAACGAUACAUGCCCAUUGUCGUUCGCCAGUGUUAACCUGCCUAGUUUGGAGAAAAUUUUUAUUAUUUCAAAGUCAAUCGACUACCAAUCGUUAGCAUGCAUUCCAUCGAUCAAAUGGUGCAAGAUCUCACCGUCCCUAGGACUAUCAAGGUCACUUGUCUGCGACGGUUUCGCUGAACAUUGGCGACAGCUACGAUUCCUUUGGCUCAACUUUGUUUACGUGCAGGAUUUUGUGAGUAUCUUUCUGGCUGAAUUGCCAAAAAUGCCUGCCCUGGAAAUGCUCGUACUGGAGGACGUAUUUAAGCUGCCUGACCUACACACCUUUCUGCCACCCUUACCCCAACUAAAGCGACUAGUAAUCUACCAUACGAAGUACAUUUUGCAGCAGUACAAUAACACGGCUGAGCUGGCGAAACUAGUUCCGAACGUAAAACGCAUCGAAAUGAUUGAAAAUAAGUAUCGCCAUGAGGAAGAUUUUGUAGGCAACUUUUAGUAGCUCAGGGCAAUCAGUGACAAGAUCAGUGCUGCAUAAAUGGAGAGAUAAACACGGUAGAGUAUUGCUUGAAGAUUUCGUGAAUCUGGCUUAAUAACUAAACAUGAAAAAAAAAAUAUUGAAAAGGAGAUUAACUUAAGCGAUACACGGACUGUCGAUAAUCCAUACGGAUAUAGCGAUAGCGAUCUGUCGAUAUAUGGAAAUAAACUGAAUUCUCAUGAAGAUGUA